CCUGGUCCCCUGUCAACUUUUCUCACCGCCCGGCAGAAAAAGUGGUGAUUCUGCCCUGUGCUGCUGGGCAUUUCAUGAAGCUAUCGUCGAUUCUUCUUUGCGCCGUUCAUCACUAAACCUUGAACAAUAAGAGAUUGACUUUCUUACUGAUCUUUGGCAAACGGUAACGAGCUUGCCGAAACUUUUAAUUGUUCUUUCCAUCCGAACUCUGUACCUAUUUUGUUUUUCGUCAUUCUGAGACCAUCAUCAUGUCGUCGUCCACAACUGGCGGUGUUUCUCUCAACCCUGAGGUGAAGUCCAAGAAGGACAAGAACUUGAAACGCAAGCAAGACAAGUCAACAAAGCUUGAGCAGCGCAAGAAGAAGCGUUCUGCCAAAGCAGAGAAGCGAGCCGUCAAGGCUGCCGGUGCCGUCAGUGCUGAGCCAAAGGAGGUCGUUGGUGGCAAGCCCCGAAAGUCAAAGACCGUGGCGAAGAAAACCGUCAACGCUUCUAAGCGCAAGGAGAAACUCAAGGCUCGCGCCGAAAAGCUUCAGGAAAAGGCAAACUUGUUGUUGGCCGAGGCCAAGAAAGCUGCUGCCCAGUAUCAAGCACUUCUUGAUGCCGAGAAAACCGCCAAUGAGUCCAAGUCCGAGCAGGACGACGAUACCUCUUCUGAUUCCGAUACUUCAGAUUCUGGUUCCGAUAGCUCAUCUGAAGAUGAGGGAGGUGCUCCCGUGGCCAAGCAGCCAACCGAAGUUCCUACAAACAUCCCAGCCGACGAGGUCGUGAUGAAGCACCGUCGACUGAGCAAUGCCACUUCCGAGCGAAGCCAUGUUUCCGCCGCCGAUAUCUCUCCCGAGGCAGAGGAAGAGCCCAAGGAAUCCAAGAAGGAUAAGAAGAACAAGAAGGGAAAGAAAGUGAGACUCGUCGAGCCUGAGAAGGCAGAGGAAGAGGCUGUCGAAUCUGAGGCUGAGGUCGAGGAGCCAAAGGCAUCCGACAAGAAAGCCAAGAAGGCCGAGAAGGCCGAGAAGAAGAGGAAGCGAGCUGAGACCAAGGACAAGAAGGAAAAGGAACCCGAAUCUGCAGCUCAGGCUGAACAAUGGCAGGUCGACGAUCUCGAGGGAGGCUCUGCUCGACAGGCCAAGUUCCUACGACUUCUGGGUGGUAAGAAGGCUGGCGCCAGUGUCGCCACCCCUCACAACACCAAGGGCGCAUCCAACUCUACCAAGGCCGAGGCCGACAUCCAGAAGCAGUUCGAGGCUGGUAUGAAGAUGAAGAACGAUGGUGGCAGCAAGCGUCGUGGUCUUGGUGCAUAGUUGUUCAACGCAUAGUAUAUGUUUCGUGUUGGCAUUCGCAUUUGAGGCUCCUGGCUUCGCACAAGCUCUCCCCAUAUAAAGAAAGGGCUGUUAUUUUAAUUCACGGUUCAUGGCAUGGCGUCAGGUAGACAAAAAGCAAAGAAAUAAACC